UGGACCUGCCAUUAAAACGUCACGUAUCAUAUGAUAUGUUUACUAAAUUCCAUCCAAAAAAGAUAAAGGUGAUCUUUUUAUGUACAACCGCCUCUGUCCUAAAUAUUUGGUUCACAAUUCAAGAAAUGAAGGCAACUUUUUAAAACUCGCGCGUUUUGCGAAUUGUCAUCACAGAUCACAAGACGGCAGCAAAAUGGAUGUCGUUGAGAGUAAUCGCCGAAAUUAACGAAACUAAUAAAUGAAGAGGUUAGAAAAUGCCGACUACGAAAGAACGAUCCCGAAAAGAACGCGAAAAAUGAAGAUGAGUCACUAAACCACAGCUGAUAGGAUGUGAUAUCCCCAUUCAAAGGGAAAAUUUUAUUUUUAUUUGAGGUAAUUUAUUAUCAACGUAACUACAUUACUCCAUCCUACUAUAAAGUUAGGUUUUUUUUAUCUAUUCCAUUAGAUAAAUAUUUAAUUUGCCAAGGAUCAUAUUAUGUGAAAUGUAUUUGUCGUUAUGUUUGGACAGAACGAUGAUCGAAAGUCUUUCUAGAAGAGCGUUGAGUGGUUCUAGCGGGACAUAUCACGUACAUGCACUAGAACUGGCUGCCGCACGUGAGCGUAAGUUGAAGGGUCUAAAUGUGACCGUAACGUUUCUUGAUGACACAGAGCACACCUUUCAUGUUGAGAAACGUGCAAAGGGCUGUGUACUGCUCGAUCAAGUUUAUCAGCAUUUGGAACUGGUGGAGAAAGACUAUUUUGGAUUACAGUUUUCCGAGAAAGGUUGCAUACCGAUCAAUAAUAAGCCCGAGUGUAUGCGUUGGCUAGAUCCGUCCAAAUCGAUUAAGAAACAAUUAGGAAACUGCCAAUACCCGUUGUUUUUUCGGGUGAAAUUUUACGUAUCCGAUCCUAGUAAAUUACAAGAAGAGUAUACCCGAUAUCAGUUUUAUUUACAAGUUCGUAGAGAUAUUUUAGAGGAACGAUUGCAUUUACCGCCGAGUACUGCCUGCCUUUUAGCUAGUUACUCUGUUCAAUCAGAAAUUGGUGAUUACCAACCUGAUGAGCACGGACCAAAUUACCUAUCUCAUCUCCAAUUAGUACCUGGACAAUCGGAUGAUAUGGAGAAAAAAAUUGCUGAGCUACACAAACUACACAAGGGCCAAUUGCCAGCCGAUGCCGAAUUUAACUUCUUAGAUCAUGCGAAACGUGUCGAUAUGUACGGGGUCGAGCUACAUCGAGCAAAAGAUAACGUAAAUAAAGAUUUAGAACUGGGCGUCACCUCGAUAGGUUUAGUUGUAUUUCAAAACAAAAUACGCAUUAAUACAUUUUCGUGGUCGAAAAUCAUGAAAAUAUCGUUCAAACGAAGACAGUUUUUUAUACAGUUAAGGCGCGAAUUGUCCGAAUCGUACGAUACGGCUUUAGGUUUCAAUAUGGAGACGUAUCGUUCGUCGAAGACUCUUUGGAAGGCGUGCGUCGAGCAUCACACGUUCUUCAGGUUACAUUCGCCGAAAAUUCGAAGACGCUUCCCUUUGUCCCUAGGUUCUAAGUUUUAUUAUUCGGGGCGAACGGAAUUUCAGACGGUGUCCGAGGUUAAACAGCGAGGACGAUUGGAGCGUAAAUUUGUCAGAUCGCCCAGUAAAUAUGUGAUUCAUCAAACUGUUACACCGGCGAAAGUGGAGGAUAAAACGAAAUCAUUAACGAUCACGUCGCGGCCGUCUCGCCCAUACGACAAUAAAGUUACAUCUCUGGGAGCGAAGGAGCCGAGAAAAGCUUGGGAAGAUGACACACACCUUUCGGAUGACGAUGGCGGUUUUCUUGAGAAAACCCUGGAGGGUCCAUUUUCACCCGGUCUGGCCGGUAGAGUGCUGAGUUAUGCGGACGAGGAGGCGCCGUCGCCGACCACAAAUGAGCUAUACGAUACACCACCGUACAGCGCUAGUCAUUCGCCAACAUCGCAAAUGGUUGAAGAGGGGUUAGUUACGAUAGUGCUGCAUCCCGACGAGGAUGGCAAAUACGGAUUUAACGUUAAAGGCGGAGCGAAUAGAGACAUACCCGAGGCCGGUGAUCUACCGAUUUUGGUGUCGCGAGUCGCGCCGAAUACCCCUGCCGAUAGAUGUACCCCUCGACUUUCAGAAGGCGAUCAGGUGGUGCAGAUUAACGGCCGCGAUGUGACGCAUACUCACCAUCAAACGGUAGUUCAACUAAUUCAGGAGGCUCGUAGUACAAACGAAGGUAAGUUGGUUUUGGUGAUUAAACCGAACGUGCUGUACACCGGAGAGGAGUACGAAGAGCCGCCUUACCAGUAUGUACCUGUGGGAGAAUUAAUACGAACCCCAUCGCCGAGCAACGCCCUCGAACAGAGCAUGUUACUGCUAGCGGACGGAAUAGCGAGCGGCGCUCUAAUAUCGCAAUACGAGCUGCUAUACCGCAAACAUCCGGAUCUCACGUGCGAUGAGGCGGUCAAGCCGAAAAAUAUUAACAAAAAUAGGUAUCGGGACAUUUUACCUUACGAUACGACACGAGUGAUUUUAAAAAACGCGUCGAGCGGCGACUACGUGAACGCCAAUUACGUGAACAUGCAUGUUACUAGUACGGACGUUACCAAUCGGUACAUAGCAACUCAAGGACCUCUUCAGUCGACCACCGAAGAUUUCUGGCAGAUGAUCUUGGAGGAAUCCUGCACUCACAUUAUAAUGCUGACGCCCAUAUUGGAAAGAGGGCGGAACAAGUGCCACAUGUACUGGCCCAAUCUCGGCGAAACUAUGACCUUUCCCAACUGCACUCUCAAGUGCACGUGCGAAGAGACUGACGAUUCCGGUAGUAUUAUUUUUAGGGAUUUUAUUCUUACAGAUGUUAAGAAUAACGCCGAACGAGAGAUCAAACAUAUGAAGUACGUCGAUUGGCCUGAUCAUGGAGUACCGGAUUCUCCGGAAGUAUUUCUAAAUUUUAUCGAGAGGGUGCGUGACGCGCGGAAGGAGAGCGCGGCGCCUUUCGUGGUCCAUUGUAGUGCGGGAAUCGGCCGGACGGGGGUGCUGAUUUUGAUGGAGACGGCGAUGUGUCUUAUCGAGGCCAGCGAGCCUGUCUAUCCAUUGGAUAUUGUGCAAGCAAUGAGACAGCAACGUGCAAUGAUGAUACAAAAUGCUAGUCAGUAUCGAUUUGUCUGUGAAAGCGUGCACGCCGCGUACACGCAAAAAGUUGUAAAACCGAGGAAUAAUAUUACGAGGUGAGCUGAAACGUGAUCCGGUCCAUUAUAGUAUCAAGUCGACGACGAUUUGCAUCACGGUCGGUUUAGUAGUGAAUUUGUAUAUGAUCUGAAUGUUGUAAAGAAUUGCCAUAAUUAUAAUAAUUGUUAUGAUUUAAUUUGUACUGAAAAAUACGGAAACUAUAGAUAUUUUUUAGUCGUAUGGUGUAUAUACGUGCAACAAUCUGUCGGCAUGGCUAUUGUCACUAUAAAAUUUGUAGUAUUAUUUAUUUUUUAUCUUGUGAUAUCUCUGUACAGUAAUAAGCUUAAAAGCCAACGCAAUUUUUUGUCUAUUGUGAUUUUUUAUAAAAUUUUUUGAUAUAUUCAACACUAUUUUUAAUUCUUCCUGUACCUAGAGAUAUUUACUUACAAAGUGUGAAUAUUUAUCUUCCAUCCAAAACCACCACACAAAAAGUGUUUGUGAUUUUAUGCCUUAGACGGUAAUGCCAACAUAGCCUUAAAGACAAUCAUCCAUCACAGGCUUCCUUAGCAGAUUGCUAAAUUGAAUAGUUAUGGAAAACCGGAGAGUGUUUCCUAGUGUUGUGUGAAGAAUGUUCCAAGAUCAUCAUCUUUUUGUAUACUGGAAACACUUCUAGUGCCAUAUUUAUGCGUGAAAAUACUCAGUUUUGGACUAAUUUUCGGUAACAUAUUUUGCAGUGUUCACGUUUAAAAAAACAUUAGUACUUACAUUAACAUUUUCAAAAAUGUCUUAUCUGAUCUAAAACACUGCCAAAAUGUACAAUGAGAAUGAAUUCAGUAAGGGCUUUGUUUUUCGAAUUUGUAUUUGGGCGCAUCUUAAAACAUAUCAAAUGAAAACGAAUCCAUUUCUGAACACUCUUCUCGACGGGUAGCUAAAUUGUUUACAAAAAUUUGUAUGUGUUGUGUAUACAUAUUAUAAUUAUUUAAAUGUAGAUGUUAAUAGGAAUGUUGUUAUUUUGAAAGAUAUUAAAUUAUUUUUACAAAUUUUACUAAUAAACUGAAUAGUGUGCGUUAUUUAAUUUUAAAGUGCAAUUAUACGAGGCCAUGUUCGUAAUUUCUUAGCGACAAUUAAUUGAUUGGAAAUAAAAGUGUUGUAAUUUUCGUACUUAUAACUUGAAUGUUUUCUUGCAGUCAUAGUAGUUUUAUUUUUUUAAUGCGAUCCACUGUAUCUGUAUUACUAACAAUUGUGUAUGCAACAUAAUAUUAUGUAAUGUAGAUAUAUGCUUAUUCUCGAGUACAAA